AUGAAAGCUCACGAUGAGGCGCCGUCGAAUCUGGAGUCGACCAGCGCGCAUAAAGCGGACAAGAAUGAAGAUGACGUCGUUGAUGACGAUACAAACGACAAACCGACCACUGAUACCGAUACAGUAGAUACCAAAGUAGUCCAAGAAACAAGCGAGCCGAGCUUAGAAUUGCCCCCGACGCUUCACGAGAGAUUCAUGAGGAUCAAACAGUUAGUCAAAGAUGCUGUAGCGAAUCAUCGCACGUUCAUGAUUUACGGUCGAACUCGAGUGAUUCGCGAAAGCAUGCUGAAGAGAGGCUGGUGCGAGAAAUUCUUCAGAAAAACUUCCACCGCCGACCAACACUUCACCGUCGAAGCAAGCCCCGUGGUACUCUUAGGUGGCAUUGGCGACCUAAAGGACCAACAAAGCGAACGCCAAUUAAUCUCCAGAAUGUUAACGAACCACACGGUAGAUUUCCUAUGGAACACCGGCUCGGAAUGGCCAGGUUGGCCGUCGCAGGACAACAAAGGGACGAUUUUCAACAGAUACUGCCGCGCUGGAUUUACGUCGAAGGUGGGCUUAUGUUCGAACGUCAGGCAAAUGCACUGGUAUUACGAAGCUGGAGUGGCCAACACACUUUUUCCACGUUGCUACAACCUGUGCCAGGGCGAUCAGAUGCACGCUUUCAUCGAAGACUUCCGAUUCACCGCUUGCUUGGGCCUGUUGAAAUGGCUGGUGACCAAGAUCACCACGGAGGGUGAGAACGCGGUCAGAUCGCCGACUGGCACAGUGCCUGUGAAGGCGUUAGAGUUCGCGAUUAAGCGUUGCAGCGAUUACAUUAGCGCUCAAUCGCACGAAGAUAUCGAUCAGGAGGCGGAGAGGGUUUGGGCUCAUCAGUGGGAUCAGUUUAUCGGCUGGUACUAUCAGAUCGUUCACGGUCAGGCACUUUUCAUUCGAAACAACGUGCCCUUUCAAAAAUUCUUCCUCGCGGCGAAGCAUAUCUCGAAGAAGAUGAAGAAAUACUGGCCGCAGAUCGACAUGGACGGAGUGAUGAACGUGUGGAUCAUGAAACCGGGGAACAAGAGCCGCGGUCGAGGGAUAGUUCUCUUGAACAAACUGGAGGACGUGAUGGCGAAGAUGAAUCCUUCGAAUAAAUCUGACACUCGUUACGUCGUGCAAAAGUAUAUCGAACGACCGUUGUUAGUAUACAGCACGAAAUUCGACAUCAGACAGUGGUUCAUCAUUACCUGCGCUCAGCCCCUAACUCUCUGGAUAUACAAGGAAAGCUAUCUGAGGUUCUGCUCUCAGAAAUUCAGUCUCACGGACUUCCACGAGUCGAUUCAUCUGUGCAAUCACGCGAUCCAGUGCAAGUACACGAACUGCGGCGAUAGGGAUCCAGCUUUGCCCUCGGAUAAUAUGUGGGAUGCCACGACCUUCAAGGAGUUUCUCAAGUCUCAGGGAAACGAGAAAGCAUGGGACGACAUCGUCUAUCCUGGAAUGAAGCAAGGGUUGGUCGGUUCGUUGUUAGCUAGUCAGGAAGCUAUGGAUCGUCGAAAGAACAGCUUCGAGCUUUACGGGGCUGAUUUCAUGGUCAUGGAGGAUUUUUCGGUGUGGUUGAUAGAGAUCAACAGCCAUCCUGACAUGAGUUACUCUAGUAGAGUUACGACGCGUCUUUGCAGACAAGUCUUGGAGGACACCGUAAAAGUUGUCAUAGAUUAUCGAGAAGAUAAAAACGCGGACACGGGGCAUCUUCAAGGAACGAGAAUCGCGACUUGCGCGAACAAAUCGAAUUUGAAUACUCAAGAGUCGAAAGUUAGCCUCGUGUCCAAGUCUCCAAUGACAUGCUUGACGAAGAAGAAAUCGACUGUGCACAAUCAGAUCGGUCCAGUGAUCGUCGAUCUGAUCGAGGAAUUAGAAAUACAGCUCGAUCAGGAAUUCUACGCGUAUUACAAGGUGGACUCGCCUAAGUUGAGGCAAGUGCUGCCAGCGAGUGCGCCUCCGAAACCCUUGAAAACGUCUGUACUGAUCGAUAAACAAGAAUCGACUGUGAAAAGUGCGCCUGUGGGUGGCACAGCUGGCAAUUUGAAACCGAAACCUACUACCUUGGAAAAGGGUAACCAGAGAAAUGCAUCAAGAUCGCCGAGAAAACCGAACACUUUUACCGGGACUGCUAACAAUAAAGCAGACUCAUCUCCUGUGAGACAAUCAUUGGUGUCCAAGAUAAUGGCUUUUCAGAAGCAGUCCUCCAAAUUGGCCCCGAAAACUGAGAAAUCCUUCAGGCAAACCGACGAGAAGAUCAUCAAGACAGCAGUUCGAGACGCGAUAAAAAAGUAUAAAAAGAGCGCUGCUCUGUCCAACACUCCACCGGAAACGCCCACGUUACCAUCUCUCCUGACAGCGACGAACAAAGUUGGUCAAACUGCGACCGGGCAAAAUAAAAAUCGUAACGUACCGAAGAAAUAUCUUCGUCCGAAAAGGAACAAAGUAUUGUCAGAUAUCACGGACAUGUAUGCGGUCGGUCUGAGUGUUGUUCGAUUUUUAGGUGGUUUGGAACCGAUCGAGAAAUUGUUACGUUCACCUGCAAAUUUGAUCUGGUACACGAAUAAGAAGGUGUCUUCGAGAACAGAAGAGAGAACUAUAGUGAAUAAAUUUGCUGGGUGCUACUUCACGUCGAAGCCAGCACAGACAGAAGAAUUCGUCCGGGACUUUUACAUCACAGCGUGCAUGGGAAUGCUGAAAUGGUUCUUACUUUUGGCCAGCAUCGCUGGACCAAACGCCGUUUGGUCCUCGGAAGGCACUGUCCCCAUAAAAGCGAUUUUAUUCGCUCUCGAACGAUGCGCCGAACACAUAAGCAUCUCUGCACACGAGGACGUCGACGGGCAGGAUUACAAACACGUAUCGUCGUCCGAGUGGAUACAAUUUUUAUCCUGGCACGAUCAACUUUUGCGCAAACGUGAAAUUUUAGAGAAGAAGAACGAGAUAGACGUCGAGGAGCUGUUAAAAUUCACAGCGGACACCGUGAAAGAAAUGGUCGACUGCUGUCCUCAGAGUGAAAUCGACGGAAUGCGGAAUGUCUGGAUUCUGAAACCGGGCGAUAAAAGUUUGGGACGUGGUAUAAUUCUUAAGAAUUCCCUGCGAGACAUUCUCAACAAGAUAAAUCAAGCGGCGAAAGAAUGCAUGCAGUACGUGGUGCAGAAGUACAUAGAACGUCCGUUGCUCGUUCAUGCAACGAAAGUUGACGUUAGGCAAUGGUUUUUGAUCACCAGCACGCAACCCCUUACCGUCUGGAUGUACAGGGAUAUUCUGCUUCGUUUCGCUUCCAAGGACUUCACCCUCGAGAACUUCCACGAGUCGAUUCAUUUAUGCAAUACCACCGUACAGCUCAAGUACAGGAAAACAUUAAGACAAAAUGCACAAAUACCCGGUGAACUUCACUGGAACCUUCAGAAUUUCAAAGAAUACCUCAAAGCCACCGAUCGAGAACUGGCAUGGGAGAAGCUCAUUAAACCGGGUAUAAAGCAGAACUUAAUCGGGGCACUUCUGGCGUCUCAAGAAAAUAUGGUCAAUCGAAGAAACAGCUUUCAAUUGUACGGUGCUGAUUUCUUAAUAAUGGAAGAUCUGUCGGUCUGGUUAAUCGAGAUCAACACGAACCCUCGAUUGCACCCACCGAGCAGCAGCGUCACGGAGAAACUUUAUCCGGAAAUAAUAGAGGACACUAUGAAAGUGGUUCUAGAUCGUCGUAAGAAUAGAAGGGCAGCUCACGGAAAAUUCGAGUGCAUCUUCAAACAACGUAAUCCAUUUUAUGGAAACGUUCUAGGGAAAGCGGUGAGCCUUGGAAUCAGAGGAAAAGCUAUACACUCGCAGCAAACUUCACCUCGAAAAUUAUCACCGGGGAUGAAUAAUUGA